AUGUUCUCGUCUACAAUUUUAAGUUUCUACUUGUCAUGGAUUCAAGCAUGUACGUUUGGUUGGUUUGGGCCUGUAUGCAAGUACAAGUGUCGAUGUACCGCCGACAGUUGUGAUUUAGACGGCGUAUGUACAGGGACUUCCAGAUGCAAGCCGGGCUGGUUUGGCCCCGCGUGUCAAUAUGCAGAUGUGGCUUACCGAACAAACAGUAUACCGGAAGCUAUCGAUGGCAACGACAACACUUGCAUAUCUUCCCUAAAGGAAGAGUAUAUUGUUAUUGAGCUUAAUGGCUCCUAUAUUUUCACGUGGCUCAGAAUUCUACUUAGUCAGGCAGGUUUCCUGGCAACAUUGCAAGUUAAAUACCUAACUAAGGCCUCUAUAAUGGAAUGCAUCAACGGAAGUUCUUUCAAUGUGGACAACCUUACAAUAGACAUUGUUUGUCAUAUCCCGAUGCAGAUCUUCGGAGUUAAUAUUACAGGAGAGGGACUCAAGUACCUGUGCUCGGUGUACAUCAGUGGAGGUCGUAACCUGGCGCUGAGGGAAAAGGCUAGACAGACUUCUGUUUAUUCAGAACUUAUCAACAAUGUCCGUUUUAACUUCACUGCCGAUAAAGCCGUGGACAGCAGGCCGAACGGGCGACUUCAUCAGGGAACAGGCUGUGCGCAUACUCUUCAAAGUUCCAGCAUGUCAGAAAAGUGGUGUGUCACUUUCUCUCAACCGAGAAGAAUAAAUAGAUAUGUUAUUUACAAUAGGCUAGGCGGUACGUGCAAUUGUGUGUUUGUUUGUUUGUUAAAUAAAUAG